ACUCCAUUGGUUUUGUGCUCUACCAAAAUGACCAGUUCUUCAGGUCCAGGACUUUCAGAGCUUCUUCAGGAACCAGCAGAAGGGUAAUCUCUGCUAACCUUGGACAAGUGUCUGGGCUGCAUGUUGAGAUGCUCUUCAAGCCCACAGCUGUCCCCAACGCCUCCCUUUUUUACUUUGCCUGCGUGUCGUGGAACUACACGUUGAAAGACUGGAGCACCUAUGGCUGCUCCAAAGUCAACCACUCAGAAGACGGCCUGCGAUGUUUCUGUAAUCACACCACUAACUUCGCUGUGCUUAUGUCAUUCAGGAGGGAUUUUAAAUAUGCUAAAGCACUAAACUGGAUCACCACAUUGGGAUGCUCCAUGUCAAUCAUAGGGUUGAGUUUAACAAUAACAUUCCAGAUUGCAACCAGGUAAGAUCCUACAGGGU